CAUCAUCUCCUCUCUUUAUCCUGUUACAAAAUCAACAAUUACUAGUCUAAAUUAAAUUAAAAUGUAAAGUAGUACUUUAUUCUUGGAAUAUGUUGAUGCAAUUUGGCCAUAUUUUUCACAUGACAAUAAAUCCAUCAUUAUCAUAAUCAGCACAAUUCCACCAACCCACAAACAAUUCAUUCAUUAAAUCCAAACCAUUUCCAAAAAGAAAGGAGGGUUCUUUGUAAAUAAAAAAAUGGCGGGAAUGGUGAGGGUGUUUGUAAUAGAUACACUAUUAUCUUUCAUGUGGGUUUGGGCAAGCGUUUUUGUUAAAUUAAAUGUUGAUAAUGUAUUAGGUUUUUUAAGUUGUAAUGAUAAUGGCCAUGUUAUUGUUUCUGAAAUCAUUAGGUGUUUUUUCUCUGUUGUGAAUAUGUUUUUGUUUGCUUAUUUGGUUAAGCUUACAAAUGGGGGUGCUUUUAAUCCAAUUAAUGUUUUUGUUUCUGCUGUUAAUGGAACUUUUCUCACUUUUCUUUUCAAUGUUGCAAGAAUCCCAUUUCAGGUGUUUGGGUCAAUCAUUGGGGUGAGGUUCGUCCUUCAGACCUUCCCUGAAAUAUCUCGUGGGCCAGAGCUGGUCAUCAACCUUCAUCAAGGUGCACUAACAGAAGGAUUAUUGACAUUCACACAUGUGCUGAUCACACUUGGUCUUGAUAGAAACUUUCGUGGCAGUUUCUUCAGGAAGACCUGGAUUAGUAGCAUCUUAAAACUCUCUCUUCAUAUACUUGGAUCAGAUUUAACCGGUGGAUGCAUGAAUCCUGCUGCUGUAAAUGGAUGGGCGUAUGCUCUUGGUGUUCAUAAAACAAAGGAGCAUAUAAUUGUUUAUUGGCUUGCCCCCAUAGAGGCGUCCCUGUUUGCAGUGUGGACGUUUAGGUUGCUUGUACGUCGUUCAAAACCAGUGAAACAAAAGAAGACGGACUGAAGCUGAUUAUUUCAAAUGUUUGCAUAAAGUAUUCAUUAUACAAUGAAGAGUUCACCUCAGAAGUUCGUUGUACAUCAUAGUCUCAUAGAUAGAUAUUCUUGUCUACCAAUCUGUAUUCCUUUUCUCUAUAUUGGAGAUACUUGACCUUAGGCAUAAAAGUAUUGUUUUCUGUAUGCAGAUACAAUGUAUAGUGUGGAUUCUUUUAUUUAUUUAUUUAUUUUGAUUUUGUCAAA